UGUCUGCCCUCUAAAGCCAAGGCUCCAGCUUUCUGACUGGCCCUGCAGAGACCUGAGCUCCGAGGGGCCCUGGGUGCUGGAAUAGGCAGCCUCGACUGUGACAGGUGCAUCAGGACAGGGAACUGCCGCAGCUGGGACUGGGUGAAUCUUGGGAUGAAGCAGAGCCAUUCUGGUGUGGCUGAGAGGUGUCAUUUUUUGAGCACCACUGGGCUCCUGAUCCCGUGACAAGGCCAUUUUGUACCUCCUGGGUGGGUGUGGGCAUAGUCAUUUCUCUGUUACAGAGCAGCUAGGUGAAUCAGCCAGAACCACACAGCAAGUGCUCACAGGGCAGACCCUGCACCCCGACUCAGGGGCUGCUUGGAGAUGCUGCUGCCAUUGCUGCUGUCCCUGUUGCUGCUGUCACUGUCUCUAUUACUGCUGCUGCCACCGCUGGCCUUGCUCCAGAGGCAGCACUGCCAGGGUGCCAGGCUGCCCUGGCUUGCUGGCCUCCAGCAUCAUGUGGCACAAAGAAUCCUGGGCUUGGCUGCUGCCUGGCAGCAUCGAAGACUGGAACAAAGCACGCUACUUGCACACCAGAGUCAGCAGCAGGCUCUGAGGCGGUGUCUUCGGGGAGGCCUGGGUUCCCAGUACCCCUUCCCUGGAAACACAGACAUGGAUGUCUUUCGUAAUCAUCUCCCUCUGACUAAGAGCAGUCUGGCCCAGGAGGAAAACAGUGCGAAGAAGCUUCUGCCCCCUCCCUCAAGCCAGCACCGUGGAGAGGCCUCUCUGCAGGCCACCUUGCUGGGUCUGGCAGCCCUUAAUGAAGCCUACCCAGAAGUGCUGGCUCCUGGAGGCACUGCUCGUGUGACCCCCACAUCCCCAUGGCCCUGCCCACUGCCCUGGCCUUGCCAUGCCCUGGGCCAGGUUAGGCCCCCUGGAGCUGAGGACUCCAGGGCACUGUUGCUGGAGGCACUGAGGUCCCCAGGACUGCGGGCACUGGAAGCUGGGACGGCCACUGAGCUCCUGGAUGUCUUCUUGGGCCUGGAGGCAGAUGGUGAAGAGCUGACUGAGGCAAUAGCUUCAGGGAGCCCAGCACCUCUCACCAGACGGGCAGCUGAGCUGCAGGAGGCCCUAGAGCAGGGGCCCCGAGGACUGGCCCUGAGGCUUUGGCCAAAACUGCAGGUGGUGGUGACUCUGGACGCAGGAGGCCAGGCUGAGGCUGUGGCAGCCUUGGGGGCCUUGUGGUGCCAAGGUCUGGCCUUCUUCUCACCUGCUUAUGCUGCUUCUGGAGGGGUGAUGGGCCUGAACCUGUGGCCGGAGCAGCCCCACGGGCUCUACCUUCUGUCUCCGGGAGCCCCCUUUAUUGAAUUGCUCCCCAUCAAGGAAGAAACACAGGAAGAUGUAACCUCCACCCUCCUGCUGGCUGAGGCCCAAGAAGGCGAGGAGUAUGAGUUAGUGCUCACCCAUCACACCGGCCUCUCCAGAUGUCGCCUGGGUGACGUGGUCCGGGUGGUUGGUUCUUAUAAUCAGUGUCCAGUUGUCAGGUUCAUCCGCAGGCUGGACCAAGCCCUGAAUGUUCGAGGAGAAGAUAUUGCUGAGGACACAUUCUCCGAGGCCCUGAGUCAGGCAGUGGGGCAAUGGCCAGGGGCCAAACUAUUGGACCAUAGUUGCGUGGAGAGCAGCAUUCUGGAUUCCUCAGAGGGCUCUGCCCCCCACUAUGAGGUGUUUGUGAUGCUGAGGGGGCUGAGGAACCUGUCAGAAGAAAACCGAGACAAGCUUGAUCACUGUCUUCAAAAGACGUCUCCCCGCUACAAGUCUCUGCGCUUCCGGGGCAGUGUGGGACCUGCCAGAGUGCACCUGGUGGGCCAGGGUGCCUUCAGAGCACUCCGGGAAGCCUUGGCUGCCUGCCCUGUGUCCUGCUUCCCUCCUGGGAUGCCCAGGGUCAUUAGGCACAAGCACCUGGCCCAGCUCCUGCAGAAGAGGGUAGUGUCUUGAACUUGAGGCCACCUCAUGUUUCCUUUCCUAAGGCCCUUCAUGCUCCUACCUGCCAGCUGCUCACCCCAACUGCUGGGCCUUAGGGAUGUUGACUCUGACUGGGCACUUCUGAAGAGUUGACCUCAGGGGUGAGGAUACCAGCAGUUGUUGUCCGGAUACCCUUGGCCCACCCUGGAGGGCACUGCUGGAGUCCCAUCUACGUGUGUCAGCUCUGCGCACCGGGUAGGCUGGGCCACAAGUGCUGGUCAUCACAGCUCCCAGAAGCAGUUCUCAGUCAGUAAGAAACAGGACUCUAGAUUCACAGCCCCUUGGGAACAAUUCUGAACUGUGACUACACUGGUUCACUGGCGCUAACAGCAGCAGCCUUUUCAUUAACAUACUUCUUCCUGGUUUAUUUCCUCCUGAUUCUCCUAAACCUACUUCUUUAUUGUGCUUUCUGGAAUUAUCUUCCAAAUAAACCUCUUAUACCCCAA